AUGGCAGCAGCGCAGAGGUCAGGCGCCGCUCGGAUGCCCCAGUUCAAGCUCGUGCUUUUGGGCGAGUCGGCGGUCGGCAAGUCGAGCUUGGUGCUCCGCUUCGUCAAGGACCAGUUUGACGACUACCGGGAGAGCACAAUCGGAGCCGCAUUCCUGACGCAGACUGUCAGCCUCGACCCGCAGACGACGGUCAAGUUUGAGAUCUGGGACACGGCGGGCCAGGAGCGAUACAAGUCGCUGGCGCCCAUGUACUACCGGAACGCCAACUGCGCGGUGGUGGUGUACGACAUCACGCAGCCCUCUUCGCUGGACAAGGCCAAGGCGUGGAUCCGGGAGCUGCAGAGGCAGGCGGACCCCAACAUUGUGAUUGCGCUCGCGGGCAACAAGGCGGACCUGGCGAGCACGAGGCGGGCGAUCCCGACCGAGGAGGCGGAGCGGUACGCGGCCGACGAGGGCCUCCUCUUCCUCGAGACGUCGGCCAAGGACUCGUCAAACGUGUCGGAGCUGUUUACGAUGAUUGCGAGGAAGCUGCCGCUCGAGCAGGCCGCUGACGCGCAGCGGGGGGCACCGGGCGGCGGGCGCGGUGGCACCGUCAACCCGAGCGGCGCGGGGGGACGUGGCGGUGUCGACCUGCGUGGCCAGCAGCAUGGCCAGCAGCAAGAUGCCUGCAACUGCUGA